GACACUACGCAUACACAAUGCUUACAACUAUUACGCAAUAAUAAAUUGCAUGCAAUUAUUGCCAAAUUCGAUUUUUGGUGAUAUUGGCAAUUUGCAACAGCUGCUUGCGUUAAUAUACUUUUAGUAUGUUUAUUUGGUAUUUUGAUGACAAGUGCAUAAAAUAUGCAUCGAUAACGAUAACAACACAGCGAUGACAGUAGCUAACACUAACCCUGUGUGUACGUGUUUUGUUUGUGGUGGUUGCAAUACAUUUGUUUGUGCGUAGAAAGCGUAAAUUAUUGCAACGAAAGAAAAACUGCAAAGGAAAAAGCGAAAACGAAACACCAAAGACAAUUUUGGGCAGCAGCUGAAGAAGCAGAAUGGACAUCAUGGACAUACAAGCUGUCGAAUCGAAGCUAAGUGACGUCACAGUGACACCAAUACCACGUUCGCAAGUACAAAACUUCUACAACUAUCAACAGCAGCGCGAACAGCGUGAACAGCAGCCCCAAAUCCAAAUAUCCGCCAUACAUCAUUCACGCAGCGGCGGCAGCAGCAGCAACAACAACAGCUCCAACAACAGCAGCAGCAAUAACAAUAAUAUGGGCGCCACUGAUUACGCGACUGGUAGCAGCAGCGGCGGCGGCGGGAGCAAGCGAGAACGCAACAAUGCACAGAGCAGUGCAGCGGCAACGGCAGCAGCAGCCGCUGCAGUUGCUGCGCUGCAAUAUUCACCGCAAUUUCUGCAAGCCCAAUUGGCGCUGUUGCAACAGCAAUCAAACACAACUGCCACACCAUCGUCCGCAGCUGCAGCGGCUGCUGCCGCAGCGCUGUCGUUAGCCAACAUUGCUGCAGCCAGCAACAAUGGUCGCAAUCUGUCGUCAUCGUCGUCGUCCGCCAUCAACAGCAAUAACAAUGGCAGCAACAAUAGCAUCAACAACAACUCAAGCAAUCUGGGCUUGAAUCUAUCGCAAUCACAACUUAAGUAUCCACCUCCAUCGACAUCGCCAGCUGUGGUGACCACACAGACAUCGGCGAACAUCACCACGCCGCUCACCUCCACUGCCAAUCUGCCAACGGUGGGCAGCCAAACGGUCGGCAACGGCUUGAGUAAGUACGCCCAACUCUUGGCCGUCAUCGAGGAGAUGGGACGCGACAUCCGGCCGACGUACACGGGUUCGCGCAGCUCGACGGAGCGCCUGAAGCGGGGCAUUGUCCAUGCCCGCAUCUUGGUGCGUGAGUGCCUCAUGGAGACGGAGCGUGCGGCGCGUCAAUGAGAAGAGGAAUGCGGCAUGCCGCAUUUGACAACAACGCCGGAUUAAUAAGCACUAUAUACUAGACAUAUGAUAUGAAUAUAAACACUUGGCACACAUGGGCAUGGUGAAAUGGAAACGACAAGAACAAUUAGCAUUUAAGUGUGACCAGAUAUUCAAGCUGACAAUCUGUGUUUACAGUUGUCUUUCCCCAUUUCAAGUUCAAAUUAGUAACGCCGUAGAGUUUCUGUUUAUUUUCACUAUGCCGUAAAGAAGAGUGUCGAGAUACCCAAUUAGUUACUUUUUUUUAAUGCUUUACGUUAUUAUCGUUCACUCUUUUCACACUUAAGAUGCCGUCAUUUUAUGAUUUAAGUUCAUAUCUCUAAUAUUAUUAUUAUGAUUAUUAUUACUAUAAAUGUAAAUGUCAUUAUUAAACAAUAGUAAAAUUGUGAAGAGAAAGGUUUAUUUUUGUUUUUUGUUGUUUUUUUAGAUUCAUUUUCGCCUUUUCGUUUCCUCGAAAUAUGACGAAGAAAUUAAUACUCUACAGAAAGAAGAAAAACAAGGCAAAUUUGUGCCGCCGGACCAUAGUUAAAAAUGUUUAGACUAGCUCAGGUUAUACAAGUUAUAUAUAUAUAAAUAUUAUGCCGUAUAUAAAUAUAUACAUACAGAUAUUGUAUACGAAGAAUAAUUGAAGUACACAUUGUGAGAUGGCUUCAAACUUUUACACGUCACAAAUAUACACACACCCGUAUUUGUAUUUGGAUAUAUAUGAUGUAGAACUCGUAUAUAGUAUAUAAGAUAUAGCUUGUAAGUUUGCACCUGCUGUUUGUGCGUGUGUAUUGAUGUUGUGCAGCUUUAAAGUAGCAUACCGCUCCCAAUUACUCAAUAUGUAUACUACAACAAGCUCUAUACAUAUAUGUAUAUACCAGAUAUAUACACGUAUAUAUAGAGUUACAAUUCUAUAGAGCAAUCGCUGCAGAAGUUGCAUAUUCGAUUCGAUUCUCGUUACGUGACCGUGUGUAGAAAUCGAAAGAUGUUAUUUUAGAGAACUAUACAAAUAUAUGAACAAUAUACACAUAUAUUAUAUAUAUACUCGAUUUAUAUAUAUACACAAAUCUAUAUAUAUAUAUACAUAUAUUUGAUUAAAAGGUCUUGUUAAAUCACAAAUUGAGAGGCAUAC